CAGUACGCCAUAUGCAUUUGGUUAACGGCUACGACCUUCAAAUCACCAAAUUUCAACGCCUACACUAUAUUUUGCGAGGUAUAAAGCGAGUAAAAGGAGUGUCUACAAGAACACGCCUACCAAUUACAUUAGACCAUUUGAAAUUGUUUCACCGCAUAUUACACUCACGGACAUCACCAACACAUGAUGGAACCAUGAUUUGGGCAGCGAUUUCCAUAGCAUUUUUCGGGUUUUUGCGGAUUGGUGAAAUGACUUGCUCCGGUCCUUAUAAUUCUUCAACAAACCUUUGCCGAUCAGAUGUAAGUUUUCAUAACAAAAAACGUGGGUAUAACGAGGUUUUUCUGCAACUACGAAUUAAAGCGUCAAAAACCGAUCCGUUUCGAGCCUCAGCCACAAUAACCAUUGGCAGCAAUUCUGGUAUAUAUUGUCCAGUAAGGGCCCUUCAAACCUACCUUUCACGUGCGCCAACAGACUAUGCGGGACCAUUGUUUUGCUACUCAAACGGUGUUCCUUUAUGA